UGGUUGUGGCUCAGCCCCUGUUGCAGGAGACAAGUGAGGGAGACUUCCCUGUCCUGCCCUGAGACGCCACCCUCCCGGGGUUGGGGACAGAGCAGGUGCAGAGGCACUGCAGCUGCCCGGUUGCCCAGCCUCCUGAAUGAUGCCAGCCCAGUAUGCUCUAACCUCCAGCCUGGUUCUCCUGGUGCUGCUGAGCACAGCCAGAGCAGGCCCCUUCUCUUCACGGUCCAAUGUGACACUGCCAGCCCCCCGGCCCCCUCCCCAGCCAGGGGGCCGCACAGUGGGGGCCGGAGGGGGAAGCCCCUCUUCUCAGCUUUACGAGCACACAGUGGAAGGAGGGGAGAAGCAGGUGAUAUUCACCCACCGCAUUAACCUGCCCCCUUCCACUGGCUGUGGCUGUCCCCCAGGCACUGAGCCCCCAGUUCCUGCUUCAGAGGUGCAAGCCCUGAGGGUCCGGCUAGAGAUCCUGGAGGAGUUGGUGAAGGGGAUCAAGGAACAGUGCACUGGGGGAUGUUGUCCUGCCUCUGCCCAGGCUGGCACAGGUGAGCAACUGAUCACAGAAGAGGGUCAGACAGAUGUACGGACCCUCUGCAGUCUCCAUGGUGUGUUUGAUCUGAGCCGCUGCACCUGUUCCUGUGAGCCAGGCUGGGCUGGGCCCACCUGCUCAGACCCCACAGAUGCUGAGAUCCCUCCCUCCUCCCCACCCUCAGCCUCGGGAUCCUGCCCAGAUGACUGCAAUGAUCAGGGUCGCUGUGUCCGCGGUCGUUGCGUGUGCUUUCCCGGCUACACUGGCCCCAGCUGUGGCUGGCCAUCCUGUCCUGGGGACUGCCAAGGCCGUGGGCGCUGCGUGCAGGGCGUGUGCGUGUGCCGGGCAGGCUUCUCAGGCUCCGACUGCAGCCAGCGCUCCUGCCCUCGGGGUUGCAGCCAGAGGGGACGCUGUGAGGAUGGGCGCUGCGUGUGUGACCCAGGCUACACUGGUGACGACUGUGGCAUGAGGAGCUGCCCUCGCAGUUGCAGUCAGAGGGGGCGCUGUGAGAAUGGGCGCUGCGUGUGCAACCCCGGCUACACUGGCGAGGACUGUGGGGUGAGGAGCUGCCCUCGGGGCUGCAGCCAGCGGGGACGCUGCGAGGAUGGGCGCUGCGUGUGUGACCCCGGCUACACUGGCGAGGACUGUGGUACGCGGAGCUGCCCCUGGGACUGUGGCGAGGGCGGGCGCUGCGUUGACGGCCGCUGCGUGUGCUGGCCCGGGUACACAGGCGAGGACUGCAGCACGCGGACAUGUCCGAGGGACUGCCGGGGCCGCGGGCGCUGCGAGGACGGCGAAUGCAUUUGCGACACGGGCUACAGCGGGGACGACUGCGGCGUGCGCAGCUGCCCUGGCGACUGCAACCAAAGGGGCCGCUGCGAGGACGGCCGCUGCGUGUGCUGGCCGGGGUACACUGGACCCGAUUGCGGCUCGCGCGCCUGCCCACGCGACUGUAGAGGUCGCGGGCGCUGCGAGAACGGCGUGUGUGUUUGCAACGCGGGCUACAGCGGCGAGGACUGCGGUGUGCGCAGCUGUCCUGGGGACUGUCGUGGCCGGGGCCGCUGUGAGAGUGGCCGCUGCGUGUGUUGGCCGGGGUACACAGGCCGGGACUGCGGCACGCGCGCCUGUCCUGGCGACUGCCGCGGGCGCGGGCGCUGCGUGGAUGGCCGCUGCGUGUGCAACCCGGGCUUCACCGGUGAGGACUGUGGGAGCCGUCGCUGUCCCGGGGACUGCCGUGGGCACGGCCGUUGCGAGGAUGGCGUGUGCGUGUGUGAUGCAGGCUACUCAGGGGAAGACUGCAGCACGCGCAGCUGCCCCGGGGGCUGCCGAGGCCGCGGCCAGUGCCUAGAUGGGCGGUGUGUGUGCGAGGACGGCUACUCUGGCGAGGAUUGCGGUGUGAGGCAGUGCCCGAAUGACUGCAGCCAGCACGGCGUGUGCCAGGACGGUGUGUGCAUCUGUUGGGAAGGCUACAUUGGUGAGGACUGCAGCAUCCGCACCUGCCCCUCCAACUGCCACGGGAGGGGCCGCUGUGAGGAAGGGCGCUGCCUGUGCGACCCAGGCUACACUGGCCCCACCUGUGCCACCCGCAUGUGCCCAGCUGACUGCCGGGGACGUGGGCGCUGUGUGCAGGGAGUGUGCCUGUGCCACGUGGGCUAUGGCGGUGAGGACUGCGGGCAGGAAGAGCCUCCAGCCAGCGCCUGCCCUGGAGGCUGCGGGCCCCGGGAACUGUGCCGGGCAGGCCAGUGUGUGUGUGUAGAGGGCUUCCGAGGCCCUGACUGUGCCAUCCAGACAUGCCCAGGGGACUGCCGUGGCCGAGGAGAGUGUCACGAUGGCAGCUGUGUCUGCAAAGAUGGGUAUGCUGGCGAAGACUGCGGGGAAGAGGUGCCAACCAUUGAGGGCAUGAGGAUGCAUCUCUUGGAGGAGACAACAGUUCGGACAGAGUGGACCCCGGCUCCUGGCCCUGUGGAUGCCUAUGAAAUUCAGUUCAUCCCUACGACAGAGGGGGCGAGCCCCCCAUUCACAGCACGGGUUCCAAGCUCUGCCUCAGCCUAUGACCAGAGAGGACUGGCCCCUGGACAGGAGUACCAGGUCACUGUCCGAGCCCUUCGAGGGACCAGCUGGGGCCUUCCUGCCUCCAAGACCAUCACCACCAUGAUCGAUGGGCCCCAGGACCUCCGAGUGGUGGCUGUGACGCCAACAACACUGGAGCUUGGCUGGCUGCGUCCCCAGGCCGAGGUGGACCGAUUUGUGGUGUCCUACGUCAGUGCCGGCAACCAGAGGGUGCGGCUGGAAGUGCCCCCUGAAGCAGACGGGACGCUGCUGACUGACCUGAUGCCAGGCGUAGAAUAUGUGGUGACUGUCACAGCGGAGCGGGGCCGGGCAGUCAGCUACCCAGCUUCUGUCAGGGCCAACACAGGGUCCUCACCCUCGGGCCUCUUGGGGACUACCGAUGAGCCUCCUCCCUCAGGCCCCUCAACAACGCAAGGGGCCCAGGCUCCUCUCCUGCAGCGGCGCCCCCAGGAGCUGGGAGAGUUGAGGGUGCUGGGCAGAGAUGAGACAGGGCGCCUCCAUGUGGUCUGGACCGCCCAGCCCGACACCUUUGCCCACUUCCAACUGCGCCUGCGGGUGCCCGAGGGGCCGGGGGCACAUGAGGAAGUGCUGCCAGGGGACAUCCGCCAGGCUCUGGUGCCUCCACCCCCUCCUGGAACCCCGUAUGAGCUGUCACUUCGUGGGGUCCCUCCUGGGGGCAAGCCCUCUGACCCCAUCAUCUACCAAGGCAUUAUGGACAAGGAUGAGGAGAAGCCUGGGAAGUCCUCAGGCCCACCACGCCUGGGUGAGCUGACAGUGACAGACAGGACCUCCGACUCCUUGCUCCUGCGCUGGACAGUCCCCGAGGGCGAGUUUGACUCCUUCGUGAUCCAGUACAAGGACAGGGACGGGCAGCCCCAGGUGGUGCCUGUGGAGGGACCCCAGCGCUCGGCCGUCAUCACCUCCCUGGAUCCUGGCCGCAAGUACAAAUUUGUCCUGUACGGGUUCGUUGGCAAGAAGAGGCAUGGUCCCCUGGUGGCUGAAGCCAAGAUGUUGCCUCAGAGUGACCCAAGUCCAGGGACUCCACCCCGCCUGGGAAACCUGUGGGUGACAGACCCUACCCCAGAUUCACUGCACCUCUCCUGGACUGUCCCUGAGGGCCAGUUCGACACCUUCAUGGUCCAGUACAGGGACAGGGAUGGACGGCCCCAGGUGGUACCUGUGGAAGGGCCCGAGCGUUCAUUUGUUGUCUCCUCACUGGACCCUGACCACAAGUACAGAUUCACUCUGUUUGGAAUCGCGAACAAGAAGCGGUAUGGCCCCCUCACGGCCGAUGGCACCACUGCUCCAGAGAGGAAAGAGGAGCCCCCCCGUCCUGAGUUCCUGGAGCAGCCCCUCCUGGGGGAACUGACAGUGACCGGCGUGACCCCAGACUCUUUGCGCCUCUCAUGGACGGUGGCCCAGGGCCCCUUCGACUCAUUCAUGGUCCAGUACAAGGAUGCACAGGGGCAGCCCCAGGCAGUGCCUGUUGCGGGGGAUGAGAAUGAGGUUACCGUCCCCGGCCUGGAUCCCGACCGGAAGUAUAAGAUGAACCUCUACGGGCUUCGUGGCAGGCAGCGUGUGGGGCCCGAGUCUGUGGUGGCCAAGACUGCUCCUCAGGAGGAUGUGGAUGAGACCCCCAGCCCCACAGAACUGGGCACGGAGGCCCCAGAGUCCCCCAAGGAGCCGCUCCUGGGGGAGCUGACAGUGACAGGAUCCUCCCCUGACUCGCUGAGCCUCUCCUGGACCGUCCCCCAGGGCCACUUCGACUCCUUCACCGUGCAGUACAAGGACAGGGAUGGGCGGCCCCAGGUGGUGCGUGUCGGGGGCGAGGAGAGCGAGGUCACCGUGGGGGGCCUAGAGCCCGGGCACAAGUACAAGAUGCACCUGUACGGCCUCCACGAGGGGCAGCGCGUGGGCCCAGUGUCCGCUGUGGGCGUGACAGCCCCACAACAAGAAGAGACCCCUCCAGCCACCGAGUCCCCGCUGGAGCCACGCCUAGGAGAGCUGACAAUGACAGACGUGACCCCCAACUCUGUGGGCCUCUCCUGGACGGUCCCCGAGGGCCAGUUUGACUCCUUCAUGGUCCAGUACAAGGACAAGGACGGGCAGCCCCAGGUGGUGCGGGUGGCUGCAGACCGGCGAGAGGUCACGGUCUACAACCUGGAGCCUGAGAGAAAAUACAAGAUGAACAUGUAUGGACUACAUGAUGGGCAACGCGUGGGCCCCCUGUCUGUGGUCAUCAUGACGGCUCCCCUCCCACCAGCCCCAUCCACAGAGGCCUCCAAGCCUCCCCUGGAGCCACGCCUAGGGGAGCUGACAGUGACGGAUGUAACCCCUGACUCUGUGGGCCUCUCGUGGACAGUCCCUGAGGGUGAAUUCGACUCCUUUGUGGUUCAGUACAAGGACAGGCACGGGCAGCCCCAGGUGGUGCCCGUGGCUGCAGACCUGCGGGAGGUCACCAUCCCUGACCUGGAACCCUCCCGCAAGUACAAGUUCCUGCUCUUUGGGAUCCAGGAUGGGAAACGACGCAGCCCAGUCUCUGUGGAGGCAAAGACCGUUGCCCGAAGUGACGCCAGCCCAGGGGCCCCACCCCGCCUUGGGGAGCUGUGGGUGACAGACCCCACCCCAGACUCACUGCGCCUCUCCUGGACGGUUCCUGAAGGCCAGUUCGACUCUUUUGUGGUCCAGUUCAAGGACAAAGACGGGCCCCAGGUGGUGCCCGUGGAGGGCCAUGAGCGCUCUGUCACCGUCACCCCUCUGGAUGCCGGCCGCAAGUACAGAUUCCUCCUCUAUGGCCUCCUGGGCAACAAGCGCCAUGGCCCCCUCACUGCCGACGGCACCACGGAGGCCCGGAGUGCUAUGGACGAUACUGGAACAAAGCGUCCCCCAAAACCCCGUCUGGGGGAGGAGCUGCAGGUGACCAGCGUGACCCAGAACUCCGUGGGCCUCUCCUGGACAGUCCCUGAGGGCCAGUUUGACUCCUUUGUGGUCCAGUACAAGGACAGGGAUGGGCAGCCCCAGGUGGUGCCCGUGGAGGGCAGCCUCAGGGAGGUCAGCGUGCCGGGCCUGGAACCUGCCCACAGGUACAAGCUGCUGCUCUACGGGCUGCACGGCGGCAAGCGUGUGGGCCCCAUCUCGGCCGUCGCCAUAACUGCCGGCAGGGAAGAAACGGAAACUGAGACCACGGCCCCGACCUCUCCAGUGCCUGAGCCCCAUCUUGGAGAGUUGACAGUGGAGGAGGCCACGCCACACACCCUGCAUCUCUCCUGGAUGGUGCCUGAGGGAGAAUUUGACUCCUUCGAAAUCCAGUACACAGAUAGAGACGGGCAAUUCCAAAUGGUCCGUACAGGAGGCGACCGGAAUGACAUCACCCUCUCUGGCCUGGAAUCCGACCACAGAUACCUGGUGACCCUGUAUGGUUUCCAUGAUGGGAAGCAUGUGGGUCCUGUCCAUGUCGAGGCCCUGACAGUCCCGGAGGAAGAGGAGCCUUCAGAACCUCCCACCGCAACCCCCGAACCCCCCAUCAAGCCUCGCCUGGAGGAGCUGACUGUGACAGACGCCACCCCUGACUCCCUCAGCCUGUCCUGGACGGUUCCCGAGGGCCAGUUUGACCACUUCCUGGUCCAGUACAGGAAUGGAGAUGGGCAGCCCAAGGCGGUGAGGGUGCCAGGGCACGAGGAAGGAGUCACCAUCUCGGGCCUGGAGCCAGACCACAAAUACAAGAUGAACCUGUAUGGCUUCCACAGUGGCCAGCGCGUGGGCCCCGUGUCUGCCAUCGGGGUGACAGGACCCAAGGACAUCCCCCUCACUCUCUCUCCCUCCUUCUCAGCUGCAGAGGAAGAGACCCCCGGCCCCACAGAACCCAGCAUGGAGGCCCCGGAGCCCCCUGAGGAGCCACUUCUGGGGGAGCUGACAGUGACAGGAUCCUCCCCUGACUCGCUGAGCCUCUCCUGGACUGUCCCCCAGGGCCGCUUCAACUCCUUCACCGUGCAGUACAAGGACAGGGAUGGGAAGCCCCAGGUGGUGCGUGUUGGGGGCGAGGAGAGUGAAGUCACCAUGGGGGGCCUGGAGCCUGGGCGCAAGUACAAGAUGCACCUGUACGGCCUCCACGAGGGGCGGCGCGUGGGCCCAGUGUCUGCUGUGGGCGUCACGGCCCCCGAAGAGGAGUCCCCUGAUGCUCCUCUUGUGAAGCCGCGCCUAGGGGAGAUGACAGUGAGAGACGUCACCUCCGACUCCCUCAGCCUCUCCUGGACAGUCCCUGAGGGCCAAUUUGACCAUUUCUUGGUCCAGUACAAGAAUGGGGAUGGGCAGCCCAAGGCGGUGCGGGUGCCGGGACACGAGGACAGGGUCACCAUCUCGGGCCUGGAGCCAGACCACAAGUACAAGAUGAACCUGUACGGCUUCCACGGUGGCCAGCGUGUGGGCCCCGUGUCUGCUGUUGGUUUAACUGCCCCAGGAAAGGAUGAAGAAAUGGCCCCAGCCUCGACAGAACCUCCCACCCCUGAACCCCCCAUCAAGCCUCGCCUGGAGGAGCUGACUGUGACAGAUGCAACCCCUGACUCCCUCAGCCUGUCCUGGACGGUUCCUGAGGGACAGUUUGACCACUUCCUUGUCCAGUACAAGAAUGGAGAUGGGCAUUCCAAGGCAACACGGGUGCCAGGACAUGAGGACAGGGUCACCAUCUCCGGCCUGGAGCCAGACCACAAAUACAAGAUGAACCUGUACGGCUUCCACAGUGGCCAGCGUGUGGGCCCCGUGUCUGCCAUCGGGGUGACAGGACCCAAGGACAUCCCCCUCACUCUCUCUCCCUCCUUCUCAGCUGCAGAGGAAGAGACCCCCGGCCCCACAGAACCCAGCACGGAGGCCCCGGAGGCCCCUGAGGAGCCGCUCCUGGGGGAGCUGACAGUGACAGGAUCCUCCCCUGACUCGCUGGGCCUCUCCUGGACCGUCCCCCAGGGCCGCUUCAACUCCUUCACCGUGCAGUACAAGGACAGGGACGGGCGGCCCCAGGUGGUGCGUGUUGGGGGUGAGGAGAACGAGGUCACCGUGGGGGGCCUGGAGCCCGGGCGCAAAUACAAGAUGCACCUGUACGGCCUCCACGAGGGGCGGCGCAUGGGCCCAGUGUCCACCGUGGGCGUGACUGCCCCACGAGAGGAUGUGGACAAGACCCCCAGCCCUACAGAACCAGGCACAGAGGCCCCAGAGCCCCCCGAGGAGCCGCUCCUGGGGGAGCUGACAGUGACAGGAUCCUCCCCUGACUCGCUGAGCCUCUCCUGGACCGUCCCCCAGGGCCGCUUUGACUCCUUCACUGUGCAGUACAAGGACAGGGACGGGCGGCCGCAGGCAGUGCGUGUUGGGGGCCAGGAGAACGAGGUCACCGUGGGGGGCCUGGAGCCUGGGCGCAAGUACAAGAUGAACCUGUACGGCCUCCACGAGGGGCAGCGCCUGGGCCCGGUGUCUGCCGUGGGCAUCACAGCUCCAGAGGAUGAAGCCGAGACCACCCAAGCAGUGCCCACCACGACCCCUGAGCCCCCCAUCAAGCCUCGCCUGGGGGAGCUGACCGUGAGAGACGCCACCCCCGAUUCCCUCGGCCUGUCCUGGACGGUUCCCGAGGGCCAGUUUGACCACUUUCUGGUCCAGUACAGGAAUGGGGAUGGGCAGCCCAAGGCGGUGAGGCUGCCGGGGCACGAGGACGGGGUCACCAUCUCAGGCCUGGAGCCAGACCACAAGUACAAGAUGAACCUGUAUGGCUUCCACAGUGGCCAGCGCGUGGGCCCCAUGUCUGUCAUCGGGGUGACGGCUGCAGAGGAAGAGACCCCCAGCCCCACAGAACCCAGCACGGAGGCCCCGGAGCCCCCUGAGGAGCCGCUCCUGGGGGAGCUGACAGUGACAGGAUCCUCCCCUGACUCGCUGAGCCUCUCCUGGACCGUACCCCAGGGCCGCUUCGACUCCUUCACUGUGCAGUACAAGGAUAGGGAGGGGCAGCCCCAGGUGGUGCGUGUCAGGGGCGAGGAGAACGAGGUCACCGUGAGGGGCCUGGAGCCCGGGCGCAAAUACAAGAUGCACCUGUACGGCCUCCACGAGGGGCGGCGCGUGGGCCCAGUGUCCACCGUGGGUGUGACAGCUCCAGAGGAUGAAGCCGAGACCACCCAAGCAGUGCCCACCACGACCCCUGAGCCCCCCAUCAAGCCUCGCCUGGGGGAGCUGACCGUGACAGACGCCACCCCCGACUCCCUCAGCCUGUCCUGGACGGUUCCCGAGGGCCAGUUUGACCACUUCCUGGUCCAGUACAGGAAUGGGGACGGGCAGCCCAAGGUGGUGAGGGUGCCAGGGCACGAGGACGGGGUCACCAUCUCCAGCCUGGAGCCAGACCACAAGUACAAGAUGAACCUGUAUGGCUUCCACAGUGGCCAGCGCGUGGGCCCCAUGUCUGUCAUUGGGGUGACGACUGCAGAGGAAGAAACUCCCGCCCCCACAGAACCCAGCACGGAGGCCCCAGAGCCCCCCGAGGAGCCGCUCCUGGGGUUGCUGACAGUGACAGGAUCCUCCCCUGACUCGCUGAGCCUCUCCUGGACCGUCCCCCAGGGCCGCUUCGACUCCUUCACCGUGCAGUACAAGGACAGGGACGGGCGGCCCCAGGUGGUGCGUGUCGGGGGCGAGGAGAAGGAGGUCACCGUGGGGGGCCUGGAGCCCGGGCGCAAAUACAAGAUGCACCUGUACGGCCUCCACGAGGGGCAGCGCGUGGGCCCGGUGUCCACUGUGGGUGUGACAGCUCCAGAGGAUGAAGCCGAGACCACCCAAGCAGUGCCCGCCACGACCCCUGAGCCCCCCAUCAAGCCUCGCCUGGGGGAGCUGACCGUGACAGACGCCACCCCCGACUCCCUCAGCCUGUCCUGGACGGUUCCCGAGGGCCAGUUUGACCACUUCCUGAUCCAGUACAGGAAUGGGGACGGGCAGCCCAAGGCGGUGAGGGUGGCGGGGCAGGAGGACAGGGUCACCAUCUCAGGCCUGGAGCCAGACCACAAAUACAAGAUGAACCUGUACGGCUUCCACAGUGGCCAGCGCGUGGGUCCCGUGUCUGCCAUUGGGGUGACAGCUGCAGAGGAAGAGACCCCCGGCCCCACAGAACCCAGCACGGAGGCCCCGAAGCCCCCUGAGGAGUCGCUCCUGGGGGAGCUGACAGUGACAGGAUCCUCCCCUGACUCGCUGAGCCUCUCCUGGACCGUCCCCCAGGGUCGCUUCGACUCCUUCACCGUGCAGUACAAGGACAGGGAUGGGCAGCCCCAGGUGGUGCGUGUUGGGGGCGAGGAGAGCGAGGUCACUGUGGGGGGCCUGGAGCCUGGGCGCAAAUACAAGAUGCACCUGUACGGCCUCCACGAGGGGCGGCGCGUGGGCCCAGUGUCCACCGUGGGCGUCACGGCGCCCCUGCCCACACCGCCGCCAGUGGAGCCCCGCCUAGGGGAGCUGGCGGUGGCGGCCGUGACCUCGGACUCAGUGGGCCUCUCGUGGACGGUGGCUCAGGGCCUCUUUGACUCCUUCCUGGUGCAGUACAGGGACGCGCAGGGGCAGCCCCAGGCAGUGCCUGUGAGCGGAGACCUCCGAGCGGUCACCGUCUCGGGGCUGGACCCGGCCCGCAAGUACAAGUUCCUGCUCUUUGGACUCCAGAAUGGGAAACGCCACGGCCCAGUCCCUGUGGAGGCCAGGACCGCCCCAGACACGAAACCGUCUCCCCGCCUGGGGAAGCUGACUGUGACAGAUGCGACCCCUGACUCCGUGGGCCUCUCGUGGACGGUCCCUGAGGGCGAAUUCGACUCCUUCGUGGUCCAGCACAAGGAUAAGGAUGGUCGGCUCCAGGUGGUGCCGGUGCCAGCCGACCAGCGGGAGGUCACAGUCCAGGGCCUGGAGCCCAGUAGGAAAUACAGGUUCCUGCUCUAUGGUCUGUCAGGCAGGAAGCGACUGGGCCCCAUCUCUGCUGACAGCACCACAGCUCCGCUGGAGAAGGAGCCACCUCCCCGCCUGGGGGAAUUGACCGUGACUGAGGAGACCUCCAGCUCUCUGCGCCUGUCCUGGACGGUGGCCCAGGGCCCCUUUGACUCCUUCGUGGUCCAGUACAGGGACACGGACGGGCAGCCCAGGGCAGUGCCUGUGGCCGCAGACCAGCGCACAGUCACCAUACAGGACCUGGAGCCUGGCAAGAAAUACAAGUUUCUGCUCUACGGGCUCCUCGGGGGAAAGCGCCUGGGCCCGGUCUCCGUCCUGGGAAUGACAGCCCCAGAAGAGGACGCGCCAGCCCCAGAGUUAGCCCCAGAGGCCCCUGAGCUUCCUGAAGAGCCCCGCCUAGGGGUGCUGACCGUGACCGACACAGCCCCAGACUCCAUGCGCCUCUCGUGGAGCGUGGCACGGGGCCCCUUUGAUUCCUUCGUGGUCCAGUAUGAGGACACGAACGGGCAGCCCCAGGCCUUGCUCGUGGACGGCGACCAGAGCAAGAUCCUCAUCUCAGGCCUGGAGCCCAGCACCCCCUACAGGUUCCUCCUCUAUGGCCUCCAUGAAGGGAAGCGCCUGGGGCCCCUCUCAGCUGAGGGCACCACAGGGCCGGCCCCUGCUGGUCAGACCUCAGCGGAGUCAAGGCCCCGCCUGUCCCAGCUGUCUGUGACUGAUGUGACCACCAGUUCACUGAGGCUCAACUGGGAGGCCCCACCUGGGGCCUUCGACUCCUUCCUGCUCCGCUUUGGGGUUCCAUCACCAAGCACUCUGGAGCCGCAUCCGCGUCCACUGCUGCAGCGCGAGCUGAUGGUGCCGGGGACGCGGCAUUCGGCCGUGCUCCGGGACCUGCGUCCGGGGACUCUGUACAGCCUGACACUGUAUGGGCUGCGGGGACCCCACAAGGCCGACAGCAUCCAGGGCACCACCCGCACCCUCAGCCCAGUUCUGGAGAGCCCCCGUGACCUCCAAUUCAGUGAAAUCAGGGAGACCUCAGCCAAGGUCAACUGGAUGCCCCCGCCGUCCCGGGCGGACAGCUUCAAAGUCUCCUACCAGCUGGCGGACGGAGGGGAGCCGCAGAGUGUGCAGGUGGACGGCCAGGCCCGGACCCAGAAACUCCAGGGGCUGAUCCCAGGCGCUCGCUACGAGGUGACCGUGGUCUCCGUCCGAGGCUUUGAGGAGAGUGAGCCUCUCACAGGCUUCCUCACCACAGUUCCUGACGGCCCCACACAGUUGCGUGCACUGAACUUGACCGAGGGAUUUGCCGUGCUGCACUGGAAGCCCCCCCAGAAUCCUGUGGACACCUAUGACGUCCAGGUCACAGCCCCUGGGGCCCCACCUCUGCAGGCCGAGGCCCCAGGCAGCGCGGUGGACUACCCCCUGCAUGACCUCGUCCUCCACACCAACUACACCGCCACUGUGCGCGGCCUGCGGGGCCCCAACCUCACUUCCCCAGCCAGCAUCACCUUCACCACAGGGCUGGAGGCCCCUCGGGACUUGGAGGCCAAGGAAGUGACCCCCCGCACCGCCCUGCUCACUUGGACUGAGCCCCAAGUCCGGCCCACAGGCUACCUGCUCAGCUUCGACACCCCUGGUGGACAGACCCAGGAGAUCCUGCUCCCAGGAGGGAUCACAUCUCACCAGCUCCUCGGCCUCUUUCCCUCCACCCCCUACAAUGCACGGCUCCAGGCCAUGUGGGGCCAGAGCCUCCUGCCGCCCGUGUCCACCUCUUUCACCACAGGUGGGCUGCGGAUCCCCUUCCCCAGGGACUGCGGGGAGGAGAUGCAGAAUGGAGCCGGUGCCUCCAGGACCAGCACCAUCUUCCUCAACGGCAACCGCGAGCGGCCCCUGAAUGUGUUUUGCGACAUGGAGACUGAUGGGGGCGGCUGGCUGGUGUUCCAGCGCCGCAUGGAUGGACAGACAGACUUCUGGAGGGACUGGGAGGACUAUGCCCAUGGUUUUGGGAACAUCUCUGGGGAGUUCUGGCUGGGCAAUGAGGCCCUGCACAGCCUGACGCAGGCGGGUGACUACUCUAUGCGCGUGGACCUGCGGGCUGGAGACGAGGCUGUGUUCGCCCAGUACGACUCCUUCCGCGUAGACUCGGCUGCAGAGUACUACCGCCUCCACCUGGAGGGCUACCACGGCACCGCAGGGGACUCCAUGAGCUACCACAGCGGCAGUGUCUUCUCUGCCCGUGAUCGGGACCCCAACAACUUGCUCAUCUCCUGCGCUGUCUCCUACCGAGGGGCCUGGUGGUACAGGAACUGCCACUACGCCAACCUCAACGGGCUCUACGGGAGCACAGUGGACCAUCAGGGAGUGAGCUGGUACUACUGGAAGGGCUUCGACUUCUCGGUGCCCUUCACGGAAAUGAAGCUGAGACCAAGAAACUUUCGCUCCCCAGCGGGGGGAGGCUAAGCUGCUGCCCACCUCUCUCGCACCCCAGUAUGACUGCCGAGCACUGAGGGGUCGCCCCGAGAGAAGAGCCAGGGUCCUUCACCACCCGGCCGCUGGAGGAAGCCUUCUCUGCCAGCGAUCUCGCAGCACUGUGUUUACAGGGGGGAGGGAGGGGUUCGUACGGGAGCAAUAAAGGAGAAACUGAGGUACCCGG